ACAAAAUGGUCCGUACCUUUACAGGAGGACGCCCUCCAAGAAAUGAAAUAGACGAACAGGAGGACGAUCACGUAUCUGAGGCUGGCUUGAAUGACUUUAGGCCGAUGCCAAGAAAUCUUUUUGUAGGAGGAGCCGAACAGGAUCACCUAAGUGAGACGGAUGAUGAAAGAACACCAACUGGGUAUGCAACCCAGCCUGAACAGUUCCAAGCUCCAAUAGGAACGAGACAAAGAUCUGCCAGACUGAACAAUUCACAACGUGAACGACCUGAAAGGUCAACAGAACCUGCUCGGACAACCGAGCUCGAAGAGAGAACCAGAGUUCUCGAAAUGGCAAUGGGAAAAAUCCUUGCCCGCCUAAUCCCUGAUGACCCCCUGAUUCCUUUGCUGAACAAGGAUGCACAACCAGCUGCGGUUGUUGCGACUAGAAACUCCCUCGCUCUAAGCAAUAUAGUAGUGCCGACCAGGCCUAGGGGAAGUGGGAAGUUGAAUAUCGAGCCCAGCUCGUCCAAAUAUAGUGAAGAAUUGAUGAGAAAGAACGCAGACCUUGAAAGGCAACUGCGGGAUGUACAGAAAUCCAUUGACGAGCUGAAAAGCCCUCGGUCGCAUCAGCAGACCUUGGAUUUGGAUAGUGCUCCGCUGAACCUAUCCAUCACGGCAGAACCAUAUCAAGAGGGAUUCAAAAUUCCCCACCUAGAGACAUAUGAUGGCACGAAAGACCCGGAUGAACAUCUACACACCUAUCAAGCCAUCAUGAGGAUUCAAAACGCCAAUGAUGCCAUGAUGUGCAAAGUGUUCCCAGCGACACUGAAAUCAACAGCCCGAAGAUGGUAUCACAAACUCCCCAGGCAUUCAAUAGAUUCAUUUUCCCAGCUCGCCAAGCUGUUCUCUAACAAAUUUGCAAGCCAAAGGGAGAUCAAGCGCACAGCUACUGAGCUGAUGCAAGUUAGCCAGAAGGAAAGGGAGUCUUUGAGGGAUUACAUGCAGCGGUUCAACAAAGCCACAUUGGACAUUGAUAAUGUCCUAGACACGAUCUGCCUAUCCGCCCUGUUACAUGGGUUGAAGCGUGGCCGGUUCUUAGACGACUUGCUUGAAAACCCACCGAAGACGUGGAACGAGGUGAAUGACAGGUCGGCCAGCUUUAUACUGUCAGAGGACUUUCAGUCGUCCAAACGACGAGCUGAUGAUAAGCCGAGCAGAGGCCAAGAACAACAACCGAGAAGAGAAGAAAAGAAGAAGCAGAAGGUCGGUGAGCAAUGGAGGAAACCAGCUGAGUUCCCGAAAUAUGCCAGUUACAUUCCUUUGACCUUACCCAGGGCAGAUAAGAGCAAGCAUUGCGACUACCACCGUGUAUAUGGUCACAAUACAGAGGACUGCCAACACUUGAAGGACGAGUUAGAGUUUUUAGCUCGUAACGGGAAGCUAGAAGGGUAUGUUCAGAAGCCUCACACCCAGCAACCCACUCAAACCCAUUUUGUACAGGCGUAUGACCGACCUCAAGGACAGAGGUACCAGCAUGGAGGGACGCAGGAUGCAUAUCAGGAUAACCAGUAUCCUUCUGAACAGGGCAGAGCAUACCGAGGACGUUCUUUCAACAGGAGAGGGCAGGGACUGAGAACUACCGCCCCGAAUCAAAAAGACAGGAAAGGGGUAGGUUACGUUGGGAUACCCCCACCUUCUGGUACAAUAAACAUGAUAUCGGGUGGUGUUCACUCUGGGGGCCAAAGCGCCCGAGCUCGCAAGGCAUAUGCCCGACAAGCGAUGACCGUCAACAAAAAUAGACCCUUGAAACGGCCGUUUGAGGAAGUAGAAUGGGAAAAUACGCCCAUCACAUUCAGCCCGACAGAUUAUAAGCGAGCAGGAAGAGAGCUCGACAUUAUGAUGCCCCAUGCAGAUCCCUUUGUGGCAACUGUUCAUAUAGGCAAUCAUAAUGUCAAUAAGGUGUUUAUUGACACUGGUAGUUCACCAGAUAUCCUAUACUGGGGUUGCUUCCAGAAGAUGCAGCUAAAUCCGAGCUUGCUGCAGAAGCACGAAGGGCCAAUAUACGGGUUUGAUAACCAGCCCGUCCCAGUGGAAGGAGUUAUUACCCUUCCUAUAUAUUUGGGCUCAGAACCGCGCUUCAGGAUGGCGUCGGUCACCUUCCUGGUCGUUAAGAUGGAAUCAGCUUUCAAUGCUAUAUUGGGAAGAGCCACCCUGUGCGAGCUGAAGGCUGACGUAUUUGCGUGGACUACGGAUGAAAUGCCUGGCGUCCCGGCAGAACUGACAGUCCACAAGCUCAGCACGGACCCUACCAGGAGGCCGGUGGUACAGAAGCGUCACCUUUUUGGCCCUGAAAAGCAAGCUGCCAUUGACGAAGAGAUACAAAAGCUGUUACAGGCAGGCUUCAUUAGAAGAGUGGAAUACUCUGAAUGGGUCUCCAACCCUGUGCUCGUCAAAAAUCCAAACGGCAAAUGGAGGAUGUGCAUUGAUUUCACCAAUCUCAAUGACGCGUGCCCAAAAGACCCUCACCCGUUGCCAAACGUAGAGAAGCUAGUAGAACGGGCAACAGGACAUGAAAGGAUGAGUUUUCUUGAUGCAAGCUCGGGUUACCACCAGGUCCAGUUGUUGCUAGACGACCAGGAAAAAACAGCUUUUUACGCUAGUGACGCAAUUUACUGCUAUGUCAUGAUGCCGUUCGGCCUCAAAAAUGCUGGAGCAACAUACCAGAAGCUGGUGCAAAUCAUCUUUAAGCUCCAGAUCGGCAGGAACAUAGAAGUAUAUGUAGAUGACAUGAUAGUCACCAGCGUGCGAGCUGAGGAUCACAUUGGCGACCUGGAGGAAACUUUUCAAAAUUUGUGCCGAGCACAAAUGAAGCUAAAUCCUUUGAAAUGUACAUUUGCUGUAGAGUCGGGAAAAUUCCUAGGAUACGUGGUAUCCAAGAAAGGAAUUGAGGUAAAUCCAGAGAAGGUUGAGGCCGUUCAGCAGAUGGAACCACCAAGGACUGUCAAAGACGCGCAGUGUUUGACGGGCCGUGUUGCUGCGUUGCACAGGUUUAUAGCCAGAUCGGUAGAAAGGUGCCUUCCGUUUUUCAAAGCUCUGUGGGAGCCUAAGAACUUCCAGUGGACCAAUGAAUGCCAACAGGCAUUUGACGAGCUCAAACGAUAUUUGGCAUCCGCACCCCUACUGUCCAAGCCUGUUGAUGGAGAAUGUUUAUACCUUUAUCUGGGGGUCACACAAGAAGCAGCGAGUUCGGUACUACUGAGGGAAGAGAAUAAGAACCAGAAGCCUAUCUGCUACGUGAGCAAGGUGUUACAAGGUGCCGAGCAGAACUACCCGCUAGCAGAAAAGGCUGCUUUUGCGUUGGUUUGCACAGCUCGUAAGCUGAGAGCCUAUUUUCAGUCUCAUCAGAUUGUUGUUUAUACUGAUUUCCCACUAAGGAAAAUACUGCAGAAGCCAGAGCUCUCUGGUCGGCUUAUCGGGUGGAGUGUCGAACUGACGGCUGUGAAAGAAAAGGCACCUGAACACCCAUUCUGGGUUUUGUAUGUGGAUGGAGCUGCUAAUGACGAAGGAUCUGGUGCUGGAGCUGUGUUACUGGGCCCUGAUGGUUUCAAGUCCGAGCACGCGCUGAGGUUUAAGUUCCAGACCACCAAUAAUGCUGCUGAAUAUGAGGCGCUCAUCUAUGGUUUGAAGCUGGCGUCUGAGUUGAAGGUACAGAGCAUACAAGUUUUCAGUGAUUCUCAGCUCGUGAUCGACAAAAUACCACGGGCAGAUAACCACCGAGCCGACGAGCUGUCAAAGUUGGCCUCCUCACAGGACAUUAACCCUCAGAGAUCAACAAUUCUCGAGGUACUUGACGCACCAAGCUACACCAAUUCCACAGUUGAGUGUCAGUUGCUAAGCACAGACCCCUCUAGGUCGAGCUGGACCACCCCGCUCAUAAAUUAUCUACAAAGUGGCGAGCUACCUGAAGACCAGUCCGCUGCAAAAUUGAUUAAACGCAGGGCGGCACAUUUCACUUUGUUAGAUAACCAGCUCUACAAGCGAGCAGCCUCAAUGCCCCUACUACGCUGCCUCACUCUUUAUGAAGCUGAAUACGCUGUGAGAGAAGUUCACAAAGGAGUAUGUGGCACGCACAUCGGCGGCAAAACUUUAGCUCGGAAACCCCUGAGACAUGGUUAUUACUGGCCCACCAUGGUUGAGGACGCACAGAACUAUGUCAAAAAAUGUCCAACCUGCCAAUUCAAUGCUGAUGAUAUACAUAUGCCAGGGGAAAUGCUAUCCUCUCUUACAUCUCCCUGGCCCUUUACUCAAUGGGGUGUCGACUUGCUCGGCCCUUUCGUCAAAGGCAAAGGAAGCUGCACUUUCCUGGUCGUUGCAGUGGAUUACUUUACUAAAUGGAUAGAAGCUAAACCAUUGUCCACGACAACAGAAAGGAAAAUAGAAGAAUUCUUGUUCAAUUCAAUAUUGUGCAGGUUCGGCAUACCUAAGCGAAUUAUCGCCGACAAUGGGCCACAGUUCCGAGCAGCAGCGCUGAGAUCGUUUUGUGACGACUAUGGCAUUGAGCUCGCUUUGACGUCCGUGUAUACCCCACAGUCCAACGGGCAAGCCGAGUCCGCCAAUAAAAUCGUCUUGCGAGGCCUCAAGACACGUGUUUUGGCUGCGCAUUCUAAUUGGGUUGACGAGCUCGAUAAAGUGCUUUGGUCUUGUCGCACCACACCCAGCUCGGCCACGGGCGAAACCCCUUUCAGCCUGGCCUAUGGAGCUGAGGCCGUCAUCCCAGUAGAGGUUGGAUUGCCAUCUGAUCGAGCAGGCCGGCACGACGACUUCAACAAUGAGCAACUUUUGAGAGAGAACCUGGACUUCGUAGAAGAGGUCAGGGAGAUGUUUAGAAUAAGAAACGUGGCGCAUCAAAAUCGUGUUGCAAAAUUUUACAAUAAAAGAGGCCGAGCUCGCCAGUUUCAAGUUGGCUACCUGGUCCUACGUAAAGCUGGGUUAACUAACACUCAUUCGCACAUGGGUAAGCUCGCUUCUAAUUGGGAAGGCCCCUAUAUGGUGGUGCGAGUUAAGCGACCUGGCUCUUACGUGUUAGCAGAUAUACAUGGGCGUCAGUUACCUUACCUUUGGAACGUACAGAAUCUUAGAAAGUUUUACAGUUAACGUGUGUAAUAUUAUUUCGCUCAAGGUGUUAUCUAACAGUUGUAAACAAAGAUAUACAGAAAGUGCAACAAAGAUUCAAAAGAAAAGUCAUUUUUGUAU